AAUAACAUUUAAAACCCAAGAAAAGGACAAAACACCGCUAGUGGUACAAAACUGAUGCUUCCUCAUCAGCACUAGUAACAGUUGUUCAAAUCACACAGAUAGAUAUACAACAAACAAAUUGUAUGUAUUCCAUGAAUUCUCUCAAAACCCCAUCCAAUCUUUCAUCAUAAAGCACCGAUCUUUAGCGCCCAGAUGCGUUGCGAAUGGGGAAAUCCGAACCCCAAUUGCCGAUUAACCACCGUCAGAACCACCAGAACCAGCAGAAUCGAAAUGGGUCGUCGUUGUUUUCUCAAUGCUCGAUGGGUUUUUCAAGAUUUGCUCGAUUAUUCAGUUUUAAGUGCGUUUUUGUUUUGAUUCUUGGUGUUGCGGUUUCUCUCUCUGCGAUCUUUUCGGUCUUUCAUUUGCAUCACCGACAAUCUGGGUUUGAUGCGAGUGGUUUGAUUAAGGAGGGAGCUACAGUGCAAGCAUACUUCAAAUUGGAAAAGCCCGUUUCGUUUCUUAUUUCUCAAAUUACAAGACUAGAGUAUGAUAUCAGCGGUGAAAUAGGCGUCCCUGGUACACAGGUUGCUAUCUUGUCAAUGCACGAAGCUGGUGCAUCUAACUGGACCGAUGUGGUGUUUGGUGUUCUUUCUAAACCUAUGAAUUCUCCUAUAAACUCCAUCUCGUUAAGCGUUUUGAGAUUUUCUUUAGUUGACCUUUUUACUCAAAGUUCCAAUCUGACACUAACAAAAUCAAUAUUUGGGACACCGUCUUCUUUUGAAAUUCUCAAGUUCCCCGGUGGGAUCACGAUCAUUCCUAAGCUAUCUUCUUCUUCGUCUUGGAUACCACCGCAAGUUCUCUUUAACUUUACUCUUCAUAAUUCUAUACAUGAGAUAGAGGAAAAUUAUCUUCAGUUGGAGGAACAACUAAAAUCAGGGUUGCAGCUAAUGUCUUAUGAGAGUGUAUUCGUGCAAGUGACAAACAAAGGUGGAUCAACACACCAUCCACCGGUUACAGUCCAGGCAUCAGUUACGUCAGCCUUCGGGGGUCUCGGGCCUGAAAGAUUGAAGGAAUUAGCACAGGAAAUUAGGGGAUCUUCACCUGCAAAGAAUCUUGGACUAGAUCACUCCAUGUUUGGUAAAGUUAAGGAAAUCAGUUUGUCAUCUUAUCUCUAUCAUACUCUAGAUGCACCCGCACCUACGCCUUCUCCUGCUCCAUCACCUGAUCAAAUGGCACCCGCAUCUACGCCUACACCUAUACCUUCUUCUGCUCCAUCACCUGAUCAGAUGGGACCCAUGAUCUCCCCAUCACCUGACGACAGUCCUUACCGAUCUUUACCUCCUUCUAGUUCUCCGUCACCUGCAAUAGACCCGUCUUGUGGUGGGUCCCCUGGUCCAUGUCAUCGUGCUUCCCCGGAGCUUCCUCCUUUACCUGCUGUGUCCUACGGGUCUAGUCCUCACCACGAAGAUUUGGCCCCUUCACCUCAGAAAGGUUUGGCGCCUUCAUCUCAAUCUUUACCAUCCUCCUCUUCAGAAAGUGGCGGUUUGUGGCGUAUACUCUCUCCGGCGUUGUUCAUCCUAAUCACACUCCAUAUCCUAUAAUAGCAUGCAGAUAUGGUGGCUUACAGUUUUGCUACUAGUAUGAUAGAUGCAAAUCUAUACAUAUACAAUCAACUUCAUCUCUCUCUCUCUCUAUAUAUAUAUCGACACACACACAUAUCACCUGAAUCAUUAACAGUUGCCGGUCAAAGCCAAAAGGUGGCAGGCCUAAUGACAGACAGAAUGUUUGACAGCAGAUGAAUGAAUGUUAAGUGUCCAUGCAGUAGUAGUAUUAUCAAAAAGAUCCAACUAGUUCAAAUGUAAUGAUGUUAUUUUAUGGUUCUUUUUGAGCAUCUGCAUGCAUACUACACUUUCUACAAUCAAUGCAAAACCAACCCUUUUAUGAUCA